AUGCCCCGGCUCGCGAGUUCCGACAUCCCCUCCCUCUCCCUCCUCUACAAGCUGCGCAAGCUCUCCCCGGCGCCGCCCGACACCCCGCUGCCGACGACCCUUCUCGGCCCGAACGGCACGUCCCUCCCGGCGCCGUCCAAGUUCCUCAACGACCGCGUGGCGCUCUUCCGCGGCGACAUCACGACGCUGGCGAUCGACGCGAUCGUCAAUGCGGCCAACCGCUCGCUGCUCGGCGGCGGCGGCGUCGACGGCGCAAUCCACCGGGCCGCCGGCCCGGGCCUGUAUGACGAGUGCCGCACGCUGGGCGGCUGCGCGACCGGCUCGGCCAAGAUGACGAACGGCUACGACCUGCCGUGCCGGAAGGUGAUCCACGCGGUGGGGCCCAUCUACGACCCGUUCGCGCACGAGAAGAGCGAGCGGCUGCUGACGGGGUGCUACACGCGGUCGCUGGAGCUGGCGGUCGAGGGCGGGUGCCGCAGCGUGGCCUUCAGCGCCAUCAGCACGGGCGUGUACGGGUAUCCGAGCCGGGACGCGGCGCCGGCGGCGCUGAGCGCGAUCCGCCAGUUCCUGCUCGGCCCGCGCGGCGGGGCGAUCGACAAGGUGGUGAUCGUGACGUACGAGAUGAAGGACGUGGAUGCGUACAACGAGUGUAUUCCGCUCUACUUCCCGCCCGUCCCGGAAGACGAGGACAGCAGCCCCAGCCACGACGGCGAGACCGCCGCCGACGGAGACGAGGCGCGCUCGGCAACAAGAGCCAAGCUCGACGCCGAAGCCGCAGCCGUGGCCAGCGAGCUGCCCAGCGCACCGACAUCCGACCCGUCCGGCCCGUCCGACCCCGGCCACGCCGGCAAGAAGCAGAAACAGCGGGAGGAGUAAACAAGCCGGGAUUGUAACUGAAUCGCACAUCUUGACCCGACAUGACGACGAGGGGAUAGAGGCGCUAGACAGGACAGGCGGUGGCAGCUUGCAAAACCCACGGGGCAUUUUCCUCGCUUCGACGGCGUUUCGGAUGGAGUGAAAAGGAAACAAUGGAUGGAUGGGUCGGGCACCAGUCGGGGAACUAGGUAGGAAGGACUUACAAGGUCAAAGGAACAUGGAGGCAUGAUAUCCCGGAGGCCAUGGAAGGUAUAAACCAGGACAGGAUGGACGGUAUACUACAGGGUGGAUCUGGCUCAGUUUCCUAGCUACCUGAUAGUUAGCACUCCAUUAUGACUCCAUGUGCGUUGCUUGAU